UUCAAAUUAGAUUGCUACAUAAUAUAUGUAGUCCAUAAUUGAAAUUUUCUUGUCAGUCGAAUACAUUACAUCCGCUGAUUAACAUUUACGAUGCCAGACUAUUUUAUAAUUGACAAAGAUACAAGAAAAAAUAUUCUCGAAGAAUACACUAAAACGGAAAAGGAUCUUGCCCAAGAUGUUCAAUUAUUGGUUGAUUGGUUCAAGACACAACAUCAUUUACCAGAGAUUCCCAGUAGGAAUAUGAUCCGGUAUUUUCUGAUCAAUAACAAAUUCAGUUUACAACGAACAAAAGAAAAAAUAGAUAUGUAUUAUACAAUCAGAAGUUCAUUACCCGAUUUGUAUGGAGUCAUAAAUCCAAAAUUUGAGAGAAUUAAGAAACACAACGCAACUUGUCAUAUUAUUCCUCUGCCCAAACUUCUGGAUGGAAAACACAGAAUCAUUUUAUCUCAAGAGCAAAAUGUUCCUCUGAGCCAAAUGGAUGGAACCGCUCUUAUAGGACGGAUUCUAAAUAUGCAAGAGGUCAGAUUCGAAGAAGACAUCCAUAUGAGUAACAUCGCUUUAAUCGAUUGUCAAAAUAUCAACUUAAAUCAUACUUUGGCUUUCACUCCAACGCACGUUAAAAUGGCUGUAAUGUUAUUUUAUAAAGUAUAUACCACCAGAUUAAAAGAAAUCCACGUAUUCAACCACAAUACGGUUGUGACUAUUUUCGUGAAUUUGUUCGCAGCGUUUACAAAACAAAAAAUAAUGAAAAGGAUUCACUUGCACGAUAACAUAGAUAGUUUGAAGAAGCAUUUUCCCUUGGACGUAUUACCCAAGGAUUAUGGAGGCACUUUACCACCGAUAGAGAAAUUAAGUGAAGCUUGGUUAGCGAAGCUUGAAGAAUAUCAAGAUAGAUUUGAUACAUUAGAUUCUAUGGAAGUGAAUGAGGCUCUAAGGUCAGUUCCAUUGAAUGAAGUCUCAACUUAUGGAAUACAAGGAAGCUUUAAAACACUAUCAUUCGAUUAAGGGGGACAUUUUGAUUUAUUUUUGCGUUAUUAUCAUAGUUUGAAAUAAUUGUUCUAUUUCAUAUAAUAAUCAUGCUGUAAAGAUAUCAGUAAUAUGGAAAAUUUUGAUUAAAAUAUAAAUUUAUUACUUA